GGUUGUUCAUACUUCUUCCUGCCAAAACUUGCGAUCCCUUUCGUCCUACUUUUUAGUUCUUCUGAAUCUCUCAUGGAGGCUCUACAGAUCGGUCGUUUUGUCAUCUGCAACCGCAAGUCGCCUCUAAAUUUGUCGGCGAUUUCACGAAAGUCGGGUGUAGUUAGGAAACUAUGUUUCGAUCCAUUGCGGAGUCGCAGAGGUGGUGCUUCUCUGUUGGUUAGCAGAUCGAUCGCUGAUGGAAAUGAGGGGGAGUUUCGUAGUUUUCGGGAAGGAUACUCCGCCAGAGAAGAACCUUCUCCGGAUUUGGAUGUCACUCAACUCACUCCGAGGCAAGACGGGAAUAGUUCUCUCCUUGGGCUUCACCUGUUUCCUAAGUAUGAUGAAAAGCAAGUUGUGAACUCCAAUGCUGACACAGUCAGUGAUAUAGAAGAAGAAAUCAAGGGUAUUAAUGAGGAGAAUCCUCCAACCACAGUUACCCAUAACAUUGUUUUUGUUACUGCCGAAGCGGCUCCAUAUUCAAAGACAGGAGGCUUAGGAGAUGUUUGUGGUUCUCUGCCUGUUGCACUUGCUGCCCGUGGGCAUCGAGUCAUGGUAGUUUCACCAAAAUAUAUGCAUGGUGAUACCUCGGAUAAGGUUUUUGGGAGUGCAUUAGAUCUUGAUUGCCACAUUAAGAUCCCUUGCUUUGGUGGGUUUCAGGAAGUUGCAUUCUUCCAUGAGUACAGAGCAGGUGUUGAUUGGGUAUUUGUAGACCAUCCUUCUUAUCACAGACCUGGAAAUCCAUAUGGUGAUAGUCAUGGUGCUUUUGGUGAUAAUCAGUUCCGGUUCACAUUGCUUUGCCAUGCAGCAUGUGAAGCUCCACUAGUAAUUCCACUUGGAGGGUUCACCUAUGGCGAGAAGUGUUUGUUCCUCGCCAAUGAUUGGCAUGCAAGCCUUGUUCCAGUCCUUUUGGCAGCCAAGUAUCGCCCCCAUGGAGUUUAUAAGGACGCUCGCAGUGUUCUUGUCAUACAUAACCUUGCACAUCAGGGGGUGGAGCCUGCAGCAACAUACAAGAAUUUGGAGUUGACACCUGAGUGGUACGGAGCACUGGAGUGGGUGUUCCCCACGUGGGCAAGGACACAUGCUCUUGACACAGGGGAAGCCGUUAAUGUUUUGAAAGGCGCAAUUGUUACAGCUGAUCGAAUAUUGACAGUUAGCCAGGGUUAUUCUUGGGAAAUUACUACUGUUGAAGGUGGACAUGGUCUAAAUGAGAUCCUAAGCAAUCGGAAGAGUGUCUUGAAUGGAAUUGUUAAUGGCGUUGAUAUUGCUGAGUGGAACCCAGCUUCAGAUGAACAUAUUCCUUUCCAUUACUCUGUUGAUGACCUCUCUGGAAAGGUUCAAUGUAAGACUGCUCUGCAGGAGGAAUUAGGUCUUGCUGUCCGACCUGAUUGUCCAAUGAUUGGAUUCAUUGGGAGACUGGACUUCCAAAAAGGUGUUGAUCUUAUUCUCUCAGCAAUUCCAGAGCUUAUGCAAGAUGACAUCCAGUUUAUUAUGCUUGGGUCAGGGGACCCACAGUAUGAGAAUUGGAUCAGAGCAACGGAAUCUACAUAUAAAGACAAGUUCCGGGGUUGGGUUGGUUUUAAUAUUCCUGUAUCUCAUAGAAUAACUGCAGGCUGCGACAUAUUAUUGAUGCCAUCAAGAUUUGAGCCAUGUGGACUGAAUCAGUUAUAUGCUAUGAAAUAUGGAACUGUUCCUGUUGUGCAUUGCACUGGAGGGCUUAAAGAUACGGUGGAGAAUUUCAAUCCUUAUGCUGAAGAAGGCAACAGUCUGGGUACUGGGUGGACCUUUUCUCCACUAUCAAAGGAGAGUAUGUUGGUGACUCUGAGAGUUGCCAUUGGGACAUAUGAGGAACACAAGUCUUCUUGGAAGGGAUUAGUGAAGCGAGGCAUGGAGAAAAACUACACGUGGGACAAAGCCGCUGCUCAGUAUGAGCAAGUCAUUGAAUGGGCUUUCUUUGAUCCACCUUACAUUCAAUAAGGUUAGAAACGCCUUGGAUAUUUUUAAUGUGCCUGCAUCCAUUUUUUUAAAAAUCAAUUUGUUAAUAGUAAUUUUGAUUA